UUACUUAGACAUCGUGAUUUCAGGUCAAGAACCAGCUGACAAUGCCGAAGAUCGCUUGAGAAGAGAGGAUCUUCGAGAGAUCGAUACCGGUAGAGAGCAGUCCUUGACGUUUCGACACUCUACUGGACCCUCAUCAUCACGUAACCAUGGUAACGGCGUCAUGAAUUCCGGAGCGGAUCCUGUCGAUGUUGUUCCACAAGGCGCGGAUGGUUAUAUGGGAGGCGAUCUCCAGAAGGUAAUGUCUCUAAAAGUUCGGCCCUUGGAUUUCCGCGAUAGGAAGAAAUACGAAACUACAAUUUCUGCUCCUUCACACUCUAAGGACCUUGAAUUGUGGAAACUCAAGAAAAAAGCAGACAGUUACAGUCCCCCUGGAAUUAUGAAAACGAUGGACAAUUUCUCAUAUCUGAAUGAAACAAACUGGAGACAUGCUAUUCAAGAGGAUAGUCCAGUUCUGCCAGCAGAUCUGAUGGGCAGUAUACGGAAUCAGCUGAGAGAGAUGAGGGAAGACUUCGAACGGAAGUCAGUUCUGGUCUUUGAUCGAGCUAAUCUUCCUAGAAACCUGACUCUCCUCGGCAAAGCAAUCUUCCGAGUUGUCCCCGAAAACUUUUUACCCGAAUACCGCAGUCCUUGUUUUAAUUUACACGAAGAAGAUAGGUCGAGCCUGGCAUGUCUCCCUAAUGUAUUUCUUGCCGGAUUUCCAAAGUGCGCCACCACCGACCUGUUCAAGAAAUUGAUUCGUCAUCCUGACGUCGUGCCAACGUCCAAAGAACCACACUGGUGGACCCGCACAAGAUUCACAAGAGAAAGUGUGCUGCACUAUUUGAAACACCAGACCAACCUCGUGAGACAGAUGCGAGACACCGGUAACAGACGAUUAAUCACUCUGGAUGCUUCCGCCAGUACACUCUGGGAUAACACUUACUCGCUUGGUAAAUUCGGUUCCAUCCACCAGCCUCCUCGGUGGACCCACGCCGACGUCCUCAGGGCAGUUCUACCUGAAUCCCGCUUCCUUCUGCUUCUCAGGGAACCGACGGAGAGACUGUACUCGGGUUAUAUGGCGUUUGACUUGGAGUGGCAUGGGGUCAAGUCACCACAGGACUUUCACCAUCGUCUUGUACAGUCGCUUCAAGAUUUCAGCCGUUGUAUGAAGAAAUAUCCACUGGAGACGUGUGCUAAUUUCAAAUUUAAUAUGAGAUUAAGAGUAGGAAUGUACUCUGUCUUCAUACGAGACUGGUUGAAGAGGUACCCACGGGAACAGAUCCACAUCCUAAGAACCGAAGACUGGGCUAAAGAUCCGGCAAAAGAACUGAGCAGGAUAUUCAGUUUCUUGGAAAUAGAUCCGCUCUCUCAAGAUGCUCUCUUCAACAUCACAUCAUCGUCCAGAGAGAAUCAGAGAAAGCAAGAGGACAGGUCACUGGGAAAGUUGCUUCCGGCAUCACAACAGUUACUUGAUGAAUUCUACAAACCUUUCAAGGAAGAUCUAGCGCAGUUACUGCAGGAUAAAAAGUAUUUGUGGACUCAAUCAAUGUGACAGUACUGGCCCUGGUGUGAUCAUCCCAGCAAGCCAACAACUUAGGUGACCGAUUGUAGGUCUCAUGGGCGAAACUGACAUCCUCAUGAGCUAUCAGUCUUGUAAACCAUUAAAAAAAAGGUUGUUACAAGGUUGACGAGACAUAAAUUGUCUGUCUCGCUGGCCAUUGGUCUAGUGAACAGUGGGGAAAACAUUUUCAGCAGAUCAAUUGGCGUCUCGUGGCCCGUCGGUCUCGUAGUCUUUGGCCAGUCAAUGGUGGAGAUAAGGAAGAGAUCAGCAUGACACAUGUUUCCAAACGUUCGAGAGAAUUAUGUCGCCUACGCCCUACCGUUACCUUAAAAACAUGAAUCCAUAAUAUUUUUAAUGUAACUAUGAGUAUGAUAUCAGAAAAAGUUGUUACAUACAAUGACAUGGCUACAUUCAGCAAUAUGAAAUAGUGAAUGUGCUGAAUUUAUAUUGAACGUGUAAUUGUAAUGCUGCGUUACGAAACAUGACAUGAACGCGCUUACCUUUUGAAAUAUUACUUAGAUUUUAUUAUGGUUACAUUUAGAAUAGACCAGUCCCAUUAAUGGAAAAUGAAUCCUUUUCCCAAAUGCUUUCUUCGAUUCCUGAGAAGUCGAUUCAUUUCGUCAGAUGUUGUCAAUCAAUCAAUCAAUAAAUCAGUCAAUCGCCAUUCAUGACAGAACGCGUUGUCUAUGUUUACAUGUUUAUGUAUGAAUUGAUAAACGACAAUAAAUAAAAGCUGCCAGCUCUUUACUCAGCAUCGAUUAAAAAGUAAAUCUUGAUAAAGCCAUCCUAAUAGAAUACGUUUGUCUAAAUAAAUAUUUGCCCGUUAAAUCAAUAUUAUUAAUCAUUAUAUAGCUGCAGCUGAAUGCGAAAUAUAACCGAUUGAAAUUAUUUUUCAUAAAAAUGAAGAAAGACAAAAAAAAGUCUGUAAAGGGAUCCUGAUCCAUCAUAAACCUUUUUCGUGCAAUUCAUAUCGCAUUUCAAAGUGGUACAAGAACACGUAAAGCUAACAACUUAAUUAUUCGUAGCCCUUGUAAAUUGUAUAUUUUGUGUGCGUUUUCGUAACUCAAGAAUGAGAGGUGUACUGAUCGAAUUGGGGCCUUCGUUGAAUACUUUUAGAUGUAAGCUUCAUUAUGUCACAUUCUUAUGAAACUUAGUAAUUAAGGGUAUGAAUAAUUUAGUUGCUAACUGUAUUUGAAUACAGCGAUGCGAACUCGCGCAAAAUAAAGAUGCACAUAAAUUAUAUGUAAAUCAAUUAUUAUGAGGAGCAUUGUUCUUCGUUUAGUGUGGCUCAACUUGUCCUCUAAAAUGCCUUCUAACACUCAGGAUGACUUUAGCAGCAGCUGAGCGAAAGUUUUUGUUGCUCCAAAGAAAAAUGUAGGGCAUUGUGGCCGGGUAGAUCGGAAUCAAAAACCCGAAGUAACCGAGGUAACGUGCAGGUCCCUUUAAAAUGAUCGGAGUGAAGGACAAAAUGGCUGGUAAAAAGGAGAUAAGGAGAAUGAUGUACAUGAGAAACAUCAUCUUCAACAGUCGCAUCUCACUUGUGGCCAGGCCACGAUUUCGUUGAGGUUGUACGUUGAGGGCGCCGUGCGUUGUCCAACAGAAUCGUGAGCAGCAGGUUGGGGCGCGGUGUUCCCCAUGUGGCAAAUCUGCAUCGUCCGUGAUUGCAGCCCUGGUUGUAGCCUGCACUGUAGGUGUUUCUGCAUGACCUAUCCCUGUCUCUAUCCUUCGAGAUGAUUCGGUAUCAUCAUGAU